UCGGUACACUUGCUCCUCCCCCUUCUAUCUUCGGAAAACUUCGGAAAGGGGCGGUCCAAUUUACCGGCUGAGGUGACGUGCGCGGCCCCGGUAUCCCGGCUGAGGUGACGUGCGCGGCCCCGGUCCUGUCCUGCUCUCGCCAUGAUCUGCCUGGUGCUCACCGUCUUCGCGCACAUUUUCCCCACCGUCUGGACGGGGAUCAAUGAGCGCACCUUCCUGGCUAUAAAACCCGAUGGGUAUCAGCGUCGUCUGGUUGGCGAGAUCAUCAGGCGCUUCGAGAGGAAGGGCUUCCGACUGGUUGCACUGAAAUUAAUGCAGGCAUCAGAGUCUCUUUUAAAGGAACAUUACAUUUCCCUGCGGGACCGUCCGUUCUAUGAUCGCCUUGUGAAGUAUAUGGGCUCCGGACCUGUUGUUGCCAUGGUCUGGCAGGGCCUGGAUGUAGUGAAGACAGCUCGCGUUAUGCUUGGGGAGACCAAUCCCGCCGACUCCCUGCCAGGCACUAUUCGCGGAGAUUUCUGUGUGGAUGUCAGCAGGAAUGUGAUCCAUGGCAGCGACUCCACAGAGAGUGCGCAGCGGGAGAUUUCCCUCUGGUUCAGACCGGAUGAGAUUGUCUGCUGGCAGGACAAUGCCGAGAGCUGGAUCUACGAGUAAAAUGUCUCCGGGAAGGGAUGAAUGUGGAAAAGUUACAAAUUUCAAGUUUUUUGAUUUUUUUUUUUUUUUUUUUUUAGGACCAUUACUUCAAAGUCUUGGGAGUGAAACAGGAAUGUAAAGGGUGUUUAGACUUACCCUGGGGUAUUUCUUCUAAAUUCCGUCCAGACAACACUAAUGUGUCCCCUGAAUCGCAUUGUCCAGUUGACCCUUCAGUCUCCCGGGAAUAUUCUUAAUAGGGCACUGCUGUGGGCGUAAGCCCGAAAAGGAGAUCUGGGUGUUACAUCCAGAAUAUAUACUGUUUAACAUUAUCCAGAAAUAGAAAAACAGAACUAAUUUCUUUUAAAAACAGCAUCACCUUUAUUCUCAGGUUGUGACGGGUAUUACAACUUGGCUCCAUUAACUUUUAAUUAAACUUUGCUGCAAUACCACACACAACCUGAAGACAGGUGGUGGAGUUUUUUUUCCUUAUUUUCCAGUCUGGAUAACCCCUUAAUACAGGUACAACAUGCCCGGCUAAGGCCCAAGCCAUCAAAUGUGUAUAUGUCAUUGCCUGUUACUGUAAAAGUGGCAUAAGUUACCACAUAGGGAAGGAAUGGUGAUGGCAGCUGUGCCUCUUCUCACAGCCAACUUCCUCCUUCUGUUGUCUUAUGUCCAUUUAAUUAAAGGAUUACUCUGCUGGGAAAAACAUUUUUUUUUUAAAUCAACUGGUGCCAGAAAGUUAAACAGAUUUGUAAAUUUUUUUUAUUAAAAAAUCUUAACCCUUCCAGUACUUAUCAGCUGCUG